AUGUGUGACCUUGACCUUGGAGGCUGCGAUUUUGGGGGAUGUGACUGUAGCGGUUGUGAUUGCGGGGGCGCGGAUUGCCAGGGCUGUGAUUGUUGUAAAUUGGAAUGUGACUGCGGCUGUUGCGAGUGUAAGACAGAGGAAUGUCUUGGCUGCAACGACUGUUUAUGCCCUUGUUGUGGUGUGUGCGUUUGUGAUGAUCACUACUGCGGUAAAUGGAUAGAGCGGUGGGAUGGAACGUGCUGUGAGGGGAUGUGUUCUGGCUGCGGACUUUGUGUGAGAGACUGUUGCUUUGACUGUCGAAAUAUCUGGUGUAAAGCGCCGGACUGUGAAAUAGAGGAUUAUGGUGAGUGCGGCUGUUCUCCGAAGCACUGUAACCUUCGUGAGUGUGAAUGCUGCCGUGAGCCCUGUGGAUACUGGAUUCUGUGUCACUGUUGUGAGUGCGACCCCUGGUGUACGUGGCCGUCGACUGAAUACAAUGGCUGCGACUGUAAAUGUUGUACUCACUGCUCUAACAGACGGACAUGUCGCUGUUGUAGUAAGAAUAACAGGUGCGAGAGCGAGAUCUCAGUUCAACCCAAACCAGGAAAUGUAGUAACCCAGCAACCUACAGCUCACACCGAUACAGAGGCCAUAACAACGCAACCUACAUAACUAGUAACCCAGCAACCUACAGCUCACAUCGAUACAGAGGCCAUAACAACGCAACCUACAUAACUAGUAACCCAGCAACCUACAGAUCACACCGAUACAGAGGUCAUAACAACGCAACCUACAUAACUAGUAACCCAGCAACCUACAGCUCACACCGAUACAGAGGCCAUAACAACGCAACCUACAUAACUAAUAACCCAGCAACCUACAGCUCACACCGAUACAGAGGCCAUAACAACGCAACCUACAUAACUAGUAACCCAGCAACCUACAGCUCACACCGAUACAGAGGCCAUAACAACGCAACCUACAUAACCAGUAACCCAGCAACCUACAGCUCACACCGAUAGAGGUCAUAACAACGCAACCUACAUAA